ACCUUGGAAGCCGAUGGAGACGGAGCAGCCCGUGUGUGUCGCGCAGCAGCCUCACUGCCAGGAGAUGCAGUGCUCUCCUUCGGAGGUCUUUGCUCCACCGCUGAGGAUUCCAGAGAAGAUCCCGCCCAUCAAACCUUGCUUUAAAAAAAAAACACAAGUGCAGAAGAGGCUGGAUACGGACACGCUGAGGGCUUUGCGGCCCAUCUUCACCAGUUUGCUUGGGGCUGGUACCCUGGAUGGGAUCUUUGUGCCACGGGGGCAGAACGGCGUCCAUGGCAACUUGUGCGAACCUGUUUCCCAAAAGGCCGUGGGGGUCACUACCCCGUGCCCACAACCGGACAACAGCGUAGCUGUGUUGCUGCCAGGAACUCCCGAUGUUCAGGGACAGAUAUCCGAUGGGCAGGAUGCCCAGGCUGGGGAGCAGGUCUUCCCCUCGGCCACCUCUCCGGUGAGCGAGCCUUUCCAGGAUCGCUCUUCGCAUGCUGCCUCCAGUGAUGCUGCUGCUGCCUUUCUUUCCAGCCCUGAGAAGAUACUUGAAGGUUACCCUCCUGGGGUGCCCCAGGACAGUAGCAUCUCCCUGGUCCCGUGCGACUCGAAGCCUACUGAUAGAUUCGGAGCUGGGCUCUUCCAGGACAAAAGCGAGGAGGCUUCUCUCGACCUCGUGUUUGAACUCUUGAACCAGCUGCAGUAUCACACCCAUCAGAAGGACGGGGUCGACAUCUGUGUGGAUUUUCUACAAGGGGUUUGUGUUUUGGGUGGCGACUGUCCCCAGCAUCACACAGUCCUUCCCUAUCACUGGCAGGUCAGGAGGACCGCUAGCCAGUUGUGGCAGAGCGUGACCAACGACUCACAGGAACAUCUGGAGAGACUGUACUGCAAUCCGGACAACGACAAGGUCAAAGUCAGAUAUCGACGACAUGAGUUUUUAGUAGACUUGAAUGCUAUGAAGCUUUACGAUACAGCGGAAUUCGACCAACUAAGGAGACUGUCUACACCUUUGUGUACAGAUGCCAGCUCCAAUUUCAGCUACUAUACAGUCUGGAAAUACUUCUGUAGGGAUCAUUUCGGCUGGAGAGAAUAUUCAGAGCCUGUGGUGAGAUUGAUAGAAGAGGCCAACUGCCGAGGCCUGCAGGAAGUUCGGUUUGUCACCUGGCACAACCGUUACAUUCUGAACAUCAAAGAUGGCUUUCAGCAAAACUCGUGCAUUCGAAGAGAAAUCAAGAAGAGGCCGCUCUUCCGCUCCUGCGUGAUCCUCAUGCCAUACUUGCAGACUCUUGGUGGCAACGCUUCCAUCCCUCCGCCAUCCACAGAGUCCAUUUCUUCGCAAAUCUUAUCGCCAGCGGCUGCUCUUACCUCUCCAAACUUCUAUCCCGAAACGUGGAUUAACAUGGAUCCAGUACAAGACUUCAUUCAAGUGCCUGUCUCGAAGGAAGACAAAAGCUACAGAACCAUUUAUAAUCUCUUUCAUAAAACUGUGCCGGAGACCAAAUACAGAAUUCUGAAAAUCCUGCGAGUUCAAAACCAGUUUUUAUGGGAGAAAUACAAGAGAAAAAAAGAAUACAUGUCUAAAAAAAUGACAGGAGUUGACAGGAUAAUGAACGAGAGACAUUUAUUCCAUGGGACCUCCCAGGACGUCGUUGACGGGAUCUGCAAGCACAAUUUCGACCCGCGGGUGUGUGGGAAGCAUGCCACCAUGUUCGGGCAAGGCAGUUACUUUGCCCGGAAAGCAAGCUACUCGCACAAUUUCUCCAAGCGCUCAGCCAAAGGGAUUCAUUACAUGUUUCUGGCUAAAGUACUGACCGGAAAAUACACAGUAGGCAACCAUACCAUGAGGAGACCCCCUCCAGUGAACCCCGGCAGCAUCACGAGUGACCUGUAUGACUCAUGCGUGGACAAUUACUUCGAACCUCAGAUCUUUGUCAUUUUUAACGAUGACCAGAGCUACCCCUAUUUUGUUAUCCAGUAUGAAGAAGUUAGCAACGCUGUCGUAAUCUGAAAGUAUUUCAUGUUGGUAAAUUAUUUGUCAUGACGAACC